AAGUUAUAAAUAAAUUUUAAAGGGUACAAUUAUAUAGGUUAAUUUAUGACUCUGUGUAAGUCCGAAGACUACGAAUAUAGAAUUAAGAAUGAUGAAAAUAGGAAAGAAAUGUGUGAAAAAGCUUUAGAGAAUAUCUCCUAUAAUGGAGAGUUUAGACAAAAUUCUUUCUUCAUCAGAAGAAGUAAGCUGGAAGAUACUAUCAACUGUUGGCAAAAUAGUUUCCCUGAAUUGCGUGAACAAUUAAAAGGUUGGAGGAAGAGCGAUGUAGGAAGUAAGUUUACGAGUAAAGAAAUAUUAAGUCCCCUUCGCAGGGGUAAAAAAAUAAAAUUCGUUUUUCUAAAAAUCUAUGAUAGAGGAGAGGGAGAGGAUACCGAGGAUACCGAGGAUACCUUGAGAUGUGUUAGUAUCUCUGGAGAAGUUUCAAUUAAAGUAAAAGUUAUGGACAGAAUGUUCGGAUUGAAGAGAUGGAUUGGUGAAAACAUUAAAGAACAUACCAGAAUGAUAAAGUCACAUCCUGAAAUUAUGGCCGCACUUAUCAUGUCACGAGGCAAAAAUUUGAACGUAUUAUGGGAAUAAAACGAGCGAAAUGAAGCUGAGUAAUGCCUUACGCUACCUUUAUUUCUUCGUACCAUUUUAUUGAGAUUUUCCACAUACAUAUCUAGUUUUUUUUUAGCAAUAAAAAAAAUUUAGUUUUCACUAAAAAUAGAAUUUAAAGGCUUCAUAAAGUAAGUUAAUAAAUUCAUACAAUUUGUGAUUAUUUUUAUAUAGAUAAAGAAUAAAGAAAAUGAUUCUGUAAAAUCAGUAAAUCAUGGGAAACUCAGUUGUACAACAGUACCCCUAUUCUUUAACAUAUAAGGACCCCUUUUAAUACAAUAGUGUAACUUCUAAUUUUUCAUUGGCUUAAAAUCUCGUUAUUUAUUUUGAUAAAGACUUUUUUUUAAAAACUUUGUUUUUAUACACCAACAAUAAACCCAUUUUUGAUU